AUGGCUAGCGUCACGCAGCAGCUUCGACGGAGGCGUUCCAUGGUACGUCUUCUCUACGACACCCACUCGAUUCUCGACUACACAUUCGACGCCUCUGCUUUCACCGUCCCUAGCUGGACCAUCCUGCCUCCCGAGGUUCACGCUGCAAUGGCCGAACUUCGCUACAAAGCCAUAACGGCCGUCUUCUCGAUGAAAUCCCUCAUGACCACCCGCAAUAACUGCUACUUCAAUCUGUGUCCCGAUCCCCCCGAAUCCGUUGCCUACCAGAUGCACCAAUCCUCCAUUCGCCGUCUUCUCGAUUGGCAGGAAGACCGGGACCCCCUCGAUCCGACCUUCGCACCCGCUCACAAGAUUCCCCGUACCUCUCUUCAUUUCAGCGUUGACCAUAUCGCCUAUGGCAGGUUCGCCAUGGAAUAUACCAACCGGCUUGCCGCCUACAUGGCCGGUCCCUUCCAGGAUUGGCGCCAGUAUCGAAGCGAGGUCGAGCAUAUCGCCUUCCGUCUUAUGAGCAACAACAAACAUAACUAUGCUGAGUGGCGUGCUUGGUGGAAUGGCCAAUUUGCUGACGAUAUGUUCAAGUGGGAGACUUGCCUUGACGGCUUGGUCCUGCCUACCUGGGAGGAGAUUAUCGACGACGUCUACCUUAUGAUUAUUGAUCGAGUCGAGGAUGCUCAAGAGUUGGCCAACUCGUUCCACUUCGGCCGCCCGGCUCAGCCAAUCUCAAAUGCGGUCAUACCUCACUUUGAGGCCUGA